AAACCAGCAGCUUCUAGCAGUCAAAGCAGGCAGCAGUCCGACAUGCGACCUAAAAAUCAUUUUCCGCCGUCAUUUGGCUGUUACUGUGAUGUUUAAGCGCGCCUGCGAGCUACUUCCUUUCAACACAUGCACGGUUUCUAAGCAGGGGGUGAACGCGAUGUGUCAAAGAUUGAACCCGCCUCUCCACCUCCUCCUCCUCCUCCUCCUCCUGCGGUGGUAGACAAUGCUGGAUAAAACCAGUGACAAAGGCCAACACACUGGCCGCUGCUCAGACUGUGGCUGCACUUUCAGUCGAGCACAGCCUGACUCCGACCCUGAUUCAGCCGGCAUAUCGUCCUCUCCUCAACAGCAGCAUGCGAACAAAGCAGGCACUCCAUCCAAAUGUCCAUCCUGCCAGGCGGGCAGCGUCCUCCCUAAUGGUCGGCGUCCACACAGGCGCAUCCGCCUGGACCCUCACAGCUGCAGCCUUUGCACCAAAACCUUCAUCUCCUCUGCCCACCUCACGCUUCACCUCGCCUCUCACAACAAGGAGAGGAAAUUCAGAUGCAGCACCUGUGGCAAGUACUUCCAUCAGUCGUCCCACCUGAUGGCACACAAGAUAAUCCACAGCGGAGACAGGCCCUUUAAAUGCCCAGAGUGCGGCAAGACCUUCGGCCGGGCCUCCCAUUUGAAGACCCACCGUCGGCUCCACACAGGCGAGAAGCCCUUCAAGUGCACCUACUGCGACAAGUCGUUCACGCAGAAGGCCGGCCUCCUGGCACAUGUUCGGCUACACACUGGGGAGCGCCCGUACAAGUGUGAGCGGUGUGGCGAGGGGUUUCGCUCUUUGCCUCUUCUGCUCUCUCACAAGGCUGCAGAGGCGUCUGGCCAGACCAAACCAGUGUCAGCACCAGCACUCAGUCAGGCCCAGAAGACACAAAGCAGCCCCGAGGAUCUCAAGUGUGGCGUCUGCUGCCGCACAUUUGUACGAUCGUCAUACAUCAGGCUGCACAUACGCCUCAACAAAGGACAGCGGCCUUAUCACUGCAAAGUGUGCAACAAGACCUUUGUCAAGCUGGAUACGUUCGUGAGCCACUGUGAUAAACACCUGAGCCAGAAAAGGGGUAGCGUCAAGGAGGAUAAAGACGAGGUGGUCAAGCCUCCCCUGUUUGUCCCACUGUCCAGACCUCCUUCUCCCGAGUCCUUACUCACUCAGCCUUUAUCCUCAGAGGUCAACACACGCUCCAGAGCAAAAGCGAAGAGUAAAACAGAGCCAUGAACAAGAAAAUUGCAUCCAAACCAAAUAUGGUCUUUAAUUAAGAAAUGUGUCACUGCAGUUCUGGCACAGUGCAUGAUAACAAACACAAAUGUCAAAUCCAAACUUUCAAAUCCAACAGAACAGAUGAAAGUUAUAUGUUUACAAAUUACAGAGAAAGGGAAAAAGAACAAAUUGUAGCUGAACAGCUCCCAAAAUGUUGUUUUUUUGUGGUUUAUAUAAACAUGUUAUUUAAUUUUAUUGUGAAUGAUGAAUUAUCUUUGUAGGUACUACAGUGUGGUUUUUGAGGCACAUUUUAGCUAACAAGAUGAUUGAACAUUUGUAGCUAACAUUUCAGUGGCGUUCAGUAGAGUUAAAUCUGUUUUCUAAAAUCCAAUCAAGUGUGUUGGCAUGUGUAGCACUUGUACCAAGUACAAUGUAAAUGAGGUGCCGGUUGUAAAACAAUAUGAACAUAGAACCAAAAUAAAAGCAUAAUGUGGUGGAGUGAACCA